AUGGCAAAGUUGAUAGUAUACAUUGCAUUUUUAAUCUGCUGCCAAGCUCCCAACGCACCUCAAGCGCCAGUACCAGGAAAUGUACAAGGUGUGGAGAUUACCACAGAUUACAAAGCUGAUAAAUUAUGGGACGAUUAUUGUCGAUCAACAGCGACAACAAAUGUGAAAGAAUGUUAG